CUUGUUGAGAUUAUGUCAUUUUUAUCAGUGAAAUGCAACCAACGAUGAAUAUGAAGAUACAUUUUGUAUUAUAUUUUGCGUUAUAUCUCUUCGUGAUAUGUUGUGGAGUAGGUGACGAGUCAUAUUAUAAUCGAAGUAAAUUUAUCAAAGUCACCAACGCUACAAUUGAGGAAGCUUACUUUCAGAAGAGACAGGUGAACGAUAGCGAAAUGUGUGCAGGAUUGUGUUACCUGAAACAUGAGUGUAAUUCAUUCGUAUUCUACCACUCGGAGGAGACAUGUGAACUUUAUAAAAGAACGACAGCAACACGCAGAUUAAUAACAACCUCAAAUGCGGACUUCUAUCAGUCCGAUCCUGGUAAAUCUGGAAAGGACGUCGAAGUUGUCGACUGCUUCAGUUAUCUCAGCAGUGUGAUUCAUAGCAGCAUUAUCUGCGUGUCCGAAGUCUUCAAAAUAUUUUGA